AUGUAACAUAGACCUUAGUCAUCAAUAAUUAAGUUGAAUCUGAGGCUUCUGAUGUUCGAUCUAGAGAAUCAAUAUCUCGUCUAAUGUUCACUCUAAAGCCAAACAAAGUUAUAAGUUCUCCAACUAAAACGCUUUGUUGAUGGAGAGACUCUUUAUAUUUAGAAUCUAUUAUAUAAUAAGAAGUCAAUAUAUUGUGUAUCAAGAAUAUUUAAUUAAGAACCAUGCCUUAAAAAUUAGAGGUAAUUAAUAUGCAUUUUGAACUUUUUUAGAAUCAUAUUUAAUAUAUAGAGAAAGUUGAUUGAUUUGAAUUACAUACUUAUCUAUUAGGAUUAACUACUGCAAAUUAAGAAGGAAGUAUAGUGUCAAUGUUGAAAGCAAAAAUUUGAGAAUAACCCUAAUAAAUAUCUGAGCUUACUGAAGGCUUAAAAAUACGAUGCAAAUCAGUGAAAUUAACAUAACUAGUAGAAUUACAAUAAGAAAUAAAGAAACAACAAAAUGAAAUAAUGUGUUUGAAAUAGAUUGAAUAAGUUGCCAUUAAGGUGAAAGACCAAGAGUAUGUUCUUUCAUAUGAAAAUAGCUUAUUUAAUGAUCCAGAGACAGGGAAGCGAAUUAAAAAUUAUAUAUUGACCAUUUAAUGCUCAAGAGUACCAAGUUGA